GCCUGUCAGGGCCUGCACAGCUGCGCUGCUGCACAGCUGCACACUCACUCACUUUUAGAGCAAUUUGCCAUUCGCUGCUAAUCAACGCAGUCUAAAAACCCGUUAUGUCAGUACAGAGUUGUCGGUCUCAUCUCACGGGAUCUCUACGGUUUUGAUGUCGUAAGAACAUAGGUCACCUUUCAUGCAGCUUGUUGUCAAAAACCCUCCAAAGAUAACCAUCGGGUACUCGCCGUGGCGAAGGGUACUCUUGACUGUCGUGUUUUGAUGACGCCUUCACUGGGACUUUCCGGAUACGUCACUCUGAGCUUCCGAGUUAUUAGCUCGCUCUGCCUCUGUGUUCAUGUCGAUUAGACACCGCAAACAGCGCUGCGUUGCUCUGGACUACACACCAAAAGACACCAUGAAAACGCCAAAGAGCCCCAACAGCGCCGAGAGGUUUGAAUAUUGAGACGCCGUUGUCAGGAGCGACGGUCCGACCGAGAGGCGGAAUGUCAACAACGCGGCCCCUCCUCGGGAUGAGACGAGUCACCGAGCUAACGUGCCCGGAGCAGCCGACCAGCAGGCUGCCUGCGUCCGCUGGGAGGCAGCAGCAGGAGGCCCCCCCGACAGUGGACGAGUUUACUGUCCUAGAGGAUAAAGAAGAUGAGCUGAAAUGUGCCAAGCCUCGAGUGGAGCAGGUUUUUAAAGUAACGUUCACCAUCAUCGGUCUGUUGGAUCACACUGGACAACCGCACGGCAGCAAAACAUCCCGGCAGAUAUGGCUUCAGCUCAAAGGAAACAGAGACGACGUGUCCAAAGCAAAGGAAUACGUGAGAGGGCUGUGUGACCCAGAACUACAGAAAGAAGAGCGGUACCCGGUGGACAUGCACUGUAUCUUCGCAGGAGCCUGGGGCCUCUUCCUGGACAGACUCAUACGAGACACGAGCGCUGAGGUUCUGGUGCCUGAGCCGGGCCGACUGCGGCUGUUGGGCCGGGCUGAACCUGUAGUGAUGGCCCAGAGCAGAGUCCAGCAGUUUGUAGCACUUUUCCAGGAGAAGCGAAGUCUACCAAGUGACAGAGAGCCAGCAGUGAAACGAGCAUUCAAGUCCUUUGUGGAGGAAAGAGAUGAUAAGUACACUAUGGAGCUUCUACUGCUGCCCAGUGCCCUGAAAGAAGAGUUACUGGGACUGGCUCACAGCCCCACCAGCACAAACACCAUGGCUCAACUGAACCAGACACUGCAUCCCAGCAUGGCAGAGGUCGACCAAGACCGCUCACAGAGUAGCACCCCUGUGACAGAGCUCUCCAACCGCAUCCUGGACACUAGCUUUGAGGAGAAAGGGACUGGGGCAGCAUCUGUCGGAGGUGGAGGUGGUAAAGCAGCAGUAGCAGCAGCAGCAGCAGCAGCAGGAGGAGGGAUAGGUUUGGGCCCCGAGGCCGUCCUGCUGAACGGCACUCGGCCUUCGCACAAGCGGCGCUCAUCUGAGAGCGAGACUCGGGACACAAAGAGACAGUACUCUCUGGAGCGGAGGGACGAGUCGCCGGAGAGAGCGAGGGAGAGGGAGCGACAGAGGGACAGAGAAGGCCGGGGGGGCAGUAGCAGCUGUAGAUCCAAAACCCCCUCUGCUUCGUCGUCCCUCUCCUCCUCCUACUCCUCCUCAGCUAAAGCAAACACAGUAGUCGGUCCGAUCAUGUUGGACUCCAGUGAGGGCGCCGCAGACGACGGGGAGACAGUCAGCCCAGAGACCAACCUCCGCUGCUUGGUCAACUUCUUCAGAACAAUGGGUUACCAGCAGGAAGUCGUAGAGCGUGUCGUCAAGGAGACAGGACAGACAGAAGAUACCUUCCUCCUUCUGGAGAAGAUCGUCGAGGAAUCGAAGCGUUGUGAAGAGGGGUUAAAGAGGGGGGAAAAAGAAAGACCGUUGAACUCUGUGCACUCCCCAGACACUCCCUCCUCAUCAUCCUCAUCUUCUUCUACGGUCUCUCGAUUCAGAGAGAAGGAACGUGAGCUGAACAGAGCCUUGGUAGACCCGGGCAGGUCGAAAGAGAACAUUAAGCCCAACCUGUAUGGAGGCAGUAGUAACGGUCUGGGACACCGGAGGCAGUGCAGCGGCAGCGAGACCAGCACUCAGCAGGCCAUCACUAUCAGGAGGAGCUCUAGUGCUCAAGGAGGAGCAGGAAACUACGAGGUCAUAACCAUCGAUGACGACGACGUCACCCCCACGGAUACCAAAGCAGCAGAUAGCAGGACGUCCCGGAUGAUGACGGUGGCACAACUUGACGCCCAGUCUGGAUCCAGAACAGACUACCUGGCGCGGGGAGGCAGCGUCUCACAGAGGGACUACUUGACGAGAGGCGGGACUCAGACUUUGGGGGGAUCGGUGAAAGUCGAGAGCGUGACGGCGCUACGCAGCACGCCUCAGUGGCUGACUGCCACCACCACCUCCUUGGCUUCAACCCCCAGUUCAGCUCAGACCAUCACCCGGCCCUCGGCCUCUCACUAUCAGACCAUCGGCCACAUGGGGUUUCACGGGGGCGGAGCCAGACAUCCUCCCGCGAACGACCCCCAAGCGCCCCCGGUGACUGGCUUGGCUCGUUUCCACCAGUCGUUGAGGACCCCCUACACUCUGAAGCUGCCCAAUGAGCCAGGACGUCCGGAGCUCAGACACAUCAUCAUAGACGGCAGCAACGUGGCUAUGGCUCACGGCCUCCAUCGGUUCUUCUCCUGUCGAGGAAUCGCGCUAGCGGUGGAGACGUUCUGGAGGCGAGGCCACAGGGAGAUCACGGUUUUCGUCCCUCAGUGGCGCCAGAAGAGAGACCGACUCACAACAGAGCAACAUUUUCUAAACCAGCUAGAAGACCUGCGGCUGCUCUCCUUCACUCCCUCCAGAGAGGUCUGUGGCCAAAGGAUAUCCUCGCAUGACGACAGGUUCCUGCUCCACCUCGCGGAAAAAACGGACGGGAUCAUCGUAACCAACGACAACCUGAGGGACUUCGUCGACACGUCGGACACCUGGCGCAAGAUCAUUCAGGAGAGGUUGCUUCAGUUUACUUUCGUGGAGGACCACUUCAUGAUCCCUGAUGACCCUCUGGGUAAAAACGGACCUCACCUUGACAUCUUCCUGCGCAAAGACUACAGGCGAGCUCCAGCCACUCCUCCCCCCCUGAGACCCCCAGACUUCCGGCCAUCCUUCCAGCAGCAGCAGCAGCCGGUUUACGUCCAGGCCCUCCACUCCGCUCCACGGACCCCAGCCUCCACGCCCCAGCCCCCUCCCUCCCUGAUGCCCCACUCCACCGCACACUGGCCCCACUCCGGCCCCCCGGAAUGGCACCCGCCCCGCCGAUCCCCUUCUCCCUCACCCUCGCCACCUCCCCAGCGGUCACCGGGGGAGACGUCGGAGCUGAAGAGAAAGCUCUACGACAUCUUCCCCGACCAGAAGCAGCGGAUAGAUCGCAUCCUCAGCGACAACCCGUACAUGAGAGACCUGAACGCCCUGUCUGGGCUGCUGCUGGGAUAAAUUACUGGCUCAGCAGACACACACAGUACAUACACAUGCAUACAUAUGUGUGUCAGCAUAAAAAUAAUUUAUUUUACCGUCUCUUGGAGGACAUUGAAAGAUUUUUUUGUUGUUAUUUUACAUAAAGACUGAUUGUCAAACUAGCUGCUAUUGGCAAAAAGUAUUUUUGGAUUGUUCUUUUCUCUCUCCCUCCUCCUCUACUCUCAAAUUGAUUUAAGGUGAACAACACUGGUGUCUACAGAACCAAAAUGUUAAGCAGCAACGUCUACAUUGUUCAGAUAGUAAUAAACCAUUGCAUUUUCCUUGACUAAUGUCCAGAGGUUCCAUGAAUGUGGGACAAGCACUGGGAGAAAAUGUUUUAGACCAAGAACACUGGACAGUGACUACCAUCAGACAUCAGCACCUCUGUGAAGAGACUAACUCACAGCUUCUUCUUUAUAAGAUUUUGGGACAUUGGAAAGUUUAUGCAUGUUUCAGUUAUUUCAACAUACUAGUUCUACACUUGUUAUGUUAUGGAGCAGAACGGAUUCACCACGGGCCAAUACCACGUUGUUGGACUCAAUCAGUGAGCAGUUUCAGCAGUUUGAAGUUAUUCAACAUUAGCAGUGAAGUUUUAAAAGUGCCACAGUUUUAUGUCCAUUUCCUUGACAAUGCACUUGUUGGAGAUCAGUUUUCAUUAAGACAGCAGUUGUGUCCUUAAUAGGAAGAGGAAUAUUUCAGGAAGCAUGAUGACAUCACUGAUUAUAGCAUAAUAUUUACCCCAAAUCCAUAUUUGGACAGUAAACAGUUUGAACUUGAAAAGCCUCUUCGCCACAUUAAAGAAACACCUUUAGGCGCUGUAUAGAUGGGCAGUGGCAAUAGUUUUUAAUUUCAGAUAUAGCUCACUUUGUGUAUAUAUCCAAGCUAAUUUCAUCUCAUAUACCAAUCCGUUGCCACUAAUUAAAGCAGCAGUGCCCAUCUGCAUCCCUUCAAAAUAUUACCUGUAUAUCCCAGCCUUUACUCCAGCUGAAUGAUGCUUUCACACACUACCAAGUCUCCUGAUGUUAACCAACAUAUAAACAGUGUUGUUGUCUUUUUUUUAAAGGGACCAUUCUUACUCAGUUUAAAUUGUUCCCACUCAUAUUAAAAUGAAUUUAGAAUUCCAUUGUUUUGUCACUCGCAGUCUUAAUAAUCAGAAGGAAAUGAUUUGAGUGUCAUCAUUAUGACAUAACUCCCGCCUCCAUAAUCUUUGUCAUUAGUGACAUUUUCUCUGUGUUGCUUCUUAUACCUGAUGUUUGAUCUCUGAACAGCUGUGGUAGAACUCAGGUGCUGAAACUGAAUUUGCUGAUAAUCUGUGAUUGAGAUAAGAAUUUGAAAUAAGGUGGAAUCUGUUCCCAGGAUCAGUUUUUUCUUUCAGAUACGCCGUUAAACAGUGUUUUCAGGGGGAUGUAGUCACUAGUCCUACAUCAGCAUUUUGUUCUGAGAUGCUUUGUGAGUUAUUAGCCUUUUGAUUUUAGGCAAUACACAGUAUGUCAGUCCAUCUGACUUUGGACGGAAACAAACACUACAAGAGCUUGGAUUCAUUGGUUUGGAUUGAGUUAAAUGACACCUUUUUAAACUUGAAAUCACUCACCGUGAGUUUAGAACAUUAAACUAUAUAAUCUUGCGAAGACGACAGAUUUACAAGUUACAUUUGAAUUCGAUGUUUAUUUGCUAAAUUUGAUGCAUUGCAGGUAAUUAACGGUGUAGUGAGUAAAACACAUUUUCACUGAUGAAUCUUGAGAAAGUUUGUAGUGUUUUUGUUUUGUUUUUUUACCCUCAUACACCCAGAGAAUGUAGGCAGGAGGUUCCCCAGCUUGCAUAUUUGAUGUGCAUCCGAGUUUUGUAAUAUACAAACACUUUAUCUCCUUGUAAGAAAAAAAAAUAUCUGCACAAAAACUUUACAAGGUGUCAAAAGAUAAGUUUUGUUCGUACUUGCUAUGUUGUUGUUGUAAGGAUUACUGAAGGAUUUUUUUUUUCUCUUUUUUGUAUUAUAAUUCUUCUGUGUAUAUCGAUUUCUUCUUUUUUGUAAAUAUGAGCAUUUUUGGCUACAGUGCACAUAUGGUUGUAUGUGGAAAAACAAAAUAAAUGUGGCAGUCCCCAUAAAA